AUGUCGUAUCUAAGCAGUGCUCUGAGAAAGUCAGUGCAACGACGUCCAGAAGAGGAGAUUGACGAUCACGGUGACUAUGAGAUUAUUCUUCCUCCAGACCCUCCUGUCUGGGGUGUCCGCCACAUACCUAUCCGACACGUUUCUCCACAUAUAUUAAGACCUUCCUACGCUCAAGAGGGUAAAAUUGUUGAUGAAUCGGAUCGAUACCACGGUGACCCAUACGAUGGGGAUGGGAGGAUUGAAUUAGGCAGCAAAGAUGAGGAGCAGCUCCGACGAGCAAGCCUAUUAGCAAAGCGAACCCUUGUCAAGGCAUCGGAACUCGUAAAUGUUGGAGUCUCCACUGAUGAAAUAGAUGCAGCUUUGCAUGACUUCAUCACAUCAAAUGGUGCUUAUCCAUCACCUUUAAAAUAUGCGGGUUUUCCAAAAUCUUGUUGUACCAGUGUCAAUAACGUUGCUGUCCAUGGUAUACCCGACGUCCGUAGGCUCAUUGACGGAGAUAUCGUCAAUAUAGACAUCACAGUGUAUCUUGAUGGGUUUCACGGAGAUACGUCCCAAACAUUCCUCGUUGGAGAAGUGGACAAAAUUGGACGAGACCUAGUUGCUGCCUCAACUGAGGCGCUCGAGCUGGGAAUUCGCGAAUGCAGACCCGGCGCUCCCUUCAGGACAAUCGGUGCUGCUAUCCACUCAUAUGCCAAAUCUCUUAACCUCUCCGUCUCUGAGCAAUUUACUGGGCACGGAAUAGGCAAGGUUUUCCACCGCCCACCGUGGAUUCUACAUCACCGCAAUGACGAACCAGGGGUUAUGCUACCUGGGCACUGCUUUACAAUUGAGCCUAUCCUCAUAAUCGGAUCGGAUCCAAGAGCGUGGGUUUUCCCAGAUGGAUGGACUGCUUCGACAAUGAAGGGGAGCAGAAGCACUCAAGCCGAACAUACAGUUCUCAUCACAGAGACGGGCGUCGAUGUACUUACUCGAUAA